AAGAACCGGCUGGUAGAAUCGACUCACUGGCAGCCGAAAGCGUUACUGUACGGAACAUGGCGAAUGUAGUGCUCGAGUUCAAGGCUUCUGUCGGUGACUUGGACCCCCAAAGUUGCCCCGUGCUCAUAAUUGGACAGCUCGGAUACUUACAAGAAAUCAACUGGACCCAGAUUAAAGGGAAACUGCUGCCAGUGGUGACCAAAGAGACAUGGCACUCGGCUUUGAGCAGCCUCAAUCCCAAUCCUACAGACAGUUGCUCGCUGUAUCUGAAUUAUGCGAGCGUGGCAGCACUGCCGUCUCGUGUAAGCCGCCACAAUAGUCCAUCUUCUGCCCAUUUUCUUACUCGGUUGGUUCGCACUUGCCUGCCUGCUGGCAACAAUCGAUGCAUCCUGAUGCUGUGUGAACAAUCGGAUGUUUUUGCUUCGGCGUGUGCCAUUGCCCGUGCUUUCCCUCUCUUUACUCGCCGUUCUACCUCGAGCACAACGGAAAAGAAGCGUGUCACCGUGGAGUUUGUCGUUAUUGGUCAAGACAAUACCCAGUUGGAUUCUUCUAUUUUGGAGUCGCUUAGUAACGCAGCUGAUGGUGUUCGUCUGGCAGCACGAAUUGUGGACACUCCUUGCAAUUUGAUGAAUACCGACCAUUUUCUUGAGGAGAUCAAAGCAGUGGGAAAUGAACUGAACAUUACACCAACUAUAAUUCGAGGCCAAGAAUUAAAACAAAAAGGUUUUGGAGGAAUUUAUGGUGUGGGUAAAGCAGCUGUGCAUCCACCUGCUCUGGCUGUGCUUAGUCACACCCCCAUAGGUGCCACUCAGACCAUUGCAUGGAUCGGCAAGGGCAUUGUAUACGACACGGGUGGCUUGAGCAUUAAGAGCAAAAGCACAAUGCCUGGCAUGAAGAGAGAUUGUGGUGGAGCAGCUGCUAUUUUGGGAGCUUUUAAAGCCACUAUCAAACAGGGGUUUAAGGAUAACCUGCAUGCAGUGUUCUGCCUGGCUGAGAAUGCAGUGGGGCCUACAGCCACCCGGCCAGAUGAUAUCCACACACUGUACUCUGGAAAGACAGUGGAAAUAAAUAACACUGAUGCAGAGGGAAGGUUAGUGCUGUCUGAUGGGGUUGUAUAUGCCAGCAAGGAUCUCUCUGCAGACAUUAUCCUGGAUAUGGCAACACUGACUGGAGGUCAGGGAAUCUCCACUGGAAAAUACCAUGCUGCUAUCAUGACCAACAGUGAGCAGUGGGAGAUGGCGUGUGUGAAAGCAGGCCGCAGCAGUGGUGAUCUCACACAUCCUCUUGUCUACUGCCCUGAGCUCCACUUCAGUGAAUUCACCUCUGCAGUUGCAGACAUGAAAAACUCUGUAGCGGACCGUGAGAAUGCUCAGAGCUCCUGUGCUGGCCUCUUUAUUGGUUCUCACUUGGGUUUUGACUGGCCUGGUGUGUGGGUACAUGUGGAUAUGGCCUCACCUGUGCACUCUGGUGAACGUGCUACUGGUUUUGGAGUAGCCCUGCUUUUGGCUCUGUUUGGCCAGGCAUCUGAAGACCCGCUUCUCAAAAUGGUGUCUCCACUGGGCACCACUGCUGCAAAUGCUUCUUUUGGAGAUCAGAUGGAGAGAGACAGCAAAAAGAGAAGAUUAGUCUAGUUUCUUUACUUAGAAACCACUCAAAAAGCAGCAGCAUAACAUUAAAUACAUCAAUACACACAUCCCUCAUUGUGUGACCGUCAAGCACUGACCAUCCCAAAAUUACUAUUUUUACUCACUUUAUUUCAUUAAAGAGCACAAGUAAUAUUGUUGUAUUCAAUAAAAUAAAGGUGUCAAAAUAAAUUUAUAAGAUGUUACAA